AUGGGUCGUAAGAAUAGACAAAAAAUUAGAUUCCUGAAGCCUUUUUGCUAUUAUUGUGAUAGAGAGUUUGAUGAUGAAUUUGUACUGCAUCAGCAUCAAAAAGCCAGGCAUUUUUCGUGUCAUACGUGCCAUAAGAAGUUUAGUACUGCAGCAUCGAUGGCGACACAUGUGCUGCAAGUGCAUAAAGAACAGGUGCUGAAAGUGCCGAAUGCAAAGACAGGAAGAGAUGCUAUUGAAUUAGAUAUGAUUUUUAUAUAUGAAUUAAAAUUUAGAAUAUUUAAGGCAAUUAAUAAUUUAAAAGUUAGAAGAUUAUUAUGAAAUAGUAUAUUUUUGGAAUGGAAGGAGUACCUCCACAACUCGUCGAACAAAGAGCUAUGAGUAUGGCACAUAAAAAGCAGAAAAUUGAAGAUAUUGAAGUCCCGGAACAAGCUGCAGGACCUCAAUCAAUUUUUACAUCAUGACCCUUGCCAGUGUUUUCAACAAGUUUUGAUACAACUCAGCUUGUGUAUAGCCCAGGACCUGCUUUGGAUUGCUCUGGGCUACAGCUUGCCCCCUUAAUUAGUGGGCUGACUCGGCAGUAUCAGUUGCCAAGCCAAACUCCACAGGUUGACGAGUACAACUUUAUGGCCGCUCGUCAAAUCCACAGGUUGAGGCAGCAAGCCGUAGCCCGAGGAGAUCCAAAGUAUGCCCUUGGCUAUAUUCUGAUGACUGUAUUUCAGUUGAAGAAAAAAGAGCUUGCUUGCCAAAGUAUAGGUAUGAUCAAGAAACUAUAUUGAAAACAGUAAAUCAGCUUGACAAUGAAAUCCAAUCAAGAAUAAAUUCGUUAUUAACAUCAUAA